GUGCAGGCCUUUACUUUUUCACUCGCGCAAUAUAAACCCAGAAACAGUCUCUCUCUAUCUCUCUCUCCGACUCCGUUUACUAUAUCACCCUUCAUCUCUCACCGGAAUCUCAAGACCACAUGGCCUCCUUCGAUGGUCCAGGGUUUAUGAUGGUUGAUAAUUCUUGGAUCCAGACCAAAGCCAUUGAUGUUGAAUCAUCAACCGAUAUCUCUCCUUACCUAACCAAGAUCCUUGAAGAUUCCGUCUGGAACGGAAACCGCUCCAUUGUCUUCGAUGUGUAUUGGGAUGUUCAAUCUGUUGACAAGAAGUCUGAAUGGCGUCUCUGCUCAGUGAAGUUUAGCACGAAAAACUUCUGUCUCUUCCUCCGCCUCCCAAAGACCUUCAGCGAUAAUCUCAAGGAUCUUUACCGUUUCUUUGCUUCCAAGUUUGUCACAUUCGUUGGUGUCCAGAUUCAAGAAGACCUCGCUUUGCUUAAGGAGAACCAUGGUAUUGUGAUUCGAAGCUCUUUGGAGAUUGGGAAAUUAGCUGCGGUAGCACGAGGAACUCCAAUUGUUGAGUUUCUUGGAACUAGGGAAUUAGCUCACAAGAUUCUUUGGUAUGACAUGAGUCGCCUUGAUUCGAUCCAGUCUAAGUGGGAUGAAGCAAGUGCUAAUGAUCGUAUUGAAGCUGCUGCCAUUGAAGGUUGGCUUAUUUUCAAUGUGUACGAUCAAUUGCAGCUGUGACCUACCUAACUUAUGUUCACUUUCUUGAUCAAAUGGGAUUUGUGAGAUUGCGCUUGAUUGUUUCCUGUUGUGCAUUUUGAUUUGUUUGUUGUUGCUAUGACUGAACUGUAUUGUCUGAAUAAAAUCAUGCCCGGAUUGUCUUUUUGUCUGAA